AUUUUGCUAUGGAUGACGAAAACAUGAUAUUAUUUCUCUGUACAAUGCAAGUAGCUAGCCUAGCAUUGUACACUGUAUGGAAGACGAAAAAAUCCAAAUGUUGGAGGAACAGGCGAUGGUGGGUUCGUCCCAUCAAUACUCGACGUGCACAGUAUGGUGAUUUCGCAACUUUAUUUGCGGAGUUGAAAAAAGAUGAAGAUAUGUUUUUCCGGUAUAUGAGAAUGGAUGUGCCUACAUUUUAUGAAUUACUGCGACUAGUGGGUCCGUUCUUGCAGAAAAGAAGUAUCAGAACUCCGAUAUGUCCAGAACAACGUCUUGCAAUAACUCUGAGAUAUUUAGCAACAGGAGACCAGAUGCUAUCUGUAGCUUUAGCAUACAGAGUAGGAGAGUCCACUGCUCAUAUGAUCGUCAAGAAAACAUGCUCUGUUAUAGCGGAUGUUCUGAUGCCAAUUUAUGUGAAACAUCCCACAAAAGAAGAAUAGAUGAAAAUCAGCAG